GAAAGCAAUUCAUUCUGAUGACGUCACUCUCGGAGUUGUCAUGGCGUCUCUGGGACUGAAGCUGCUGCUGCUGCAACUGAGCUAAAAAAAUAUCUGUCGACAGCCUGUUACAAACAUCUCGAAAUGGAGAAAAAUGCGAACCUGCAUCGAGACACCGACGGCAGCUCUUUGUGUGCCACGAUAGCGACAGAGAUGUGCGACGGUACGGCUGUAGUCGGAGGAGGAGUAGUGAAAGGAGCAGCCGAGAAAUGCCCGAGUAGUGAGCCGCCUCCUCUCGGCACUUUAACGGUGAACGUUAGUUGUAAUAACAGCAGCACCGUGAACGUUACUGCUCCAAGCAGCGCCGGUAAUGUCAGCUCUAGUGCCGGGAAGUGUGUGGUGGGAGAAGUGAUGGAAGUCCUGGUGCAGCAGGAGGACAAGAAGAAGAAGAAGGACACCACCAAGACGAGCAGCGGGAUCAGUAACGGGAUGGGUCAUGAUGACUCGGUGCUGGCUGCAGGAGAUAGCGAGGGUGGCGCCUCAAAGUUAGUAAACAACACACCCGGUGGUGUGUCUUCACCUGCCGGUAAGGAGAGCACCGCUGAGGUGAGAGCUGGUGGAGAAAGUGAAGCACCAAAACUUGCCAAACCGACUCAUCUGUGUCCGGACAAUCACACCUCCUCGGAGGGAUUGCCGAGUGGGAGUGACCCCGAUGCCAGCCUCGGCGGAGAGUCCCGCAGCAUGGAUUCACUGGAGUCCUUCUCCAACCUCAACUCCUGUCCCAGCUCAGACCUGAACAGCGAGACCGGACCGGAGGACAGAGGACUGGCCCUGGCCCUGCUGCAGGGCGAGUACGGGGCUGAUGGGACAAAGACUGGCUGCGCUAAGGACCGGGCCGCCGCACAGGGCCAGGGCCAGUCCAUCUACCACAUCAAGUGGAUCAAGUGGAGGGAGGAGAACACGCCGAUCAUCACCCAGAACGAGAACGGACCAUGUCCGUUACUGGCCAUUAUGAAUGUGCUGCUGCUGGCAUGGAAGGUUAAGAUGCCACCUAUGAUGGAAAUUAUAACUGUUGAGCAGCUGAUGGAGUAUCUUGGAGACUACAUCCUGGAAACCAAGCCUAAAGAGAUAUCAGAGGCUCAGCGGCUAAACUAUGAGCAGAACAUGAGCGAUGCCAUGGCGGUGUUGCACAAGCUGCAGACAGGUCUGGAUGUGAACGUGAAGUUCACAGGGGUGCGAGUCUUCGAGUACACCCCAGAAUGCAUUGUGUUUGAUCUGCUUGACAUCCCUCUCUACCACGGCUGGCUGGUGGACCCCCAGAUGCAUGACAUUGUCAAGGCAGUGGGCAACUGCAGCUACAACCAGCUGGUAGAGAAGAUAAUAUCCUGCAAACAGUCCGACAACAGCGAGCUGGCAGGGGAAGGCAUCGUGGCAGAGCAGUUUCUGAGCAGCACAGCCACUCAGCUUACGUACCACGGCUUAUGUGAGCUCACAUCCACCGUACAGGAGGGAGAGCUCUGUGUCUUCUUCAGGAAUAACCACUUCAGUACGAUGAUCAAAUACAAGGGCCAGCUGUACCACCUGGUCACAGACCAAGGUUUCCUGACAGAGGAGAAGGUCGUCUGGGAGAGUCUGCACAACGUCGACGGAGACGGCAACUUCUGUGAUUCCGAGUUCCGGUUGCGGCCUCCUUCCGAUCCAGAGACAGUGUACCGCGGCCAGCAGGAUCAGAUAGACCAGGACUAUCUGAUGGCGCUGUCGCUGCAGCAGGAGCAGCAAAGCCAGGACUUACAGUGGGAGCAGCUCCCCGAGGGCAUCAGUGACCUAGAGCUGGCGAAAAAGCUUCAGGAGGAGGAGGACCGACGAGCCUCCCAGUACUACCAGGAGCAAGAGCAGGAACAGGCGGCAGCGGCGGUGGCGGCGGCGGCAGCAGCAGCAGCACAGGCACAGCCGGGCCAGCAGGAGCCCGCGGAGGGAGACGAGGCGGACCGGGGAGGUGCAGGAGCAGGCGGAGCAGCGGCCGGCGCCGGGACGGCAGCAGCAGCCGGAGCCACGCCCAGCCCGGGAAAACAGUCCUCUAGCGGGGAGCGCAAAGCCAAGAAAGAAUCGAAGGAUAAAGACAAAUGUGUUAUUUUGUAACAUACAGCGUGUGAGUGUUUUGUGCAUUUGCUUAUCUGUGAGGAAAAAGGGGACAGCAUUGGUUUCUCCAUGGACUGGACACGCAACGCGCAACCCCCCCCCGCUGGACAACAAACAAGGGAAGGAGACGCUUUGAGGAGAGACGAGACUAACAGAGGAUAUGCUGUUCCCAAACCACUGGUGCCUGCUAUCCUCUAUCCUCAGAGGAAGGGACACUACAACGACAACUACCCCUUAUCUUUCAUAGAGUCGGCCAAACUUUGUUACAAGUUGCACAGUGCACUAUAUUUGUGAUGUGGGGUCAACUUUAUUCGGGGUGGUAUAUUUUAUAGCAAAAGACAUAAUCUGAAGAAACGAAAUGUCACCCUCUCACCAUGUUCUUUUACAAAAACAAAUCAUUUUUCAUUACUGCAGUUCAUAAGCUUUUUUGUACGUAUCAAUAUUUACAAGAUAGACAGACCUACAUUUUUUUUUUUUAAGUUGAUGCCAAGAUUCACAUUUUUAUUUAUGUGUCUGUGUAAGAGGUAGCUUUUGGGAGAGGUUUUAAUUUGUUUUCUGUAAACUGAGAAGGAUUUGCUCAUAAUAUUGCCUGUUGGAAAUCAGUGUAACACUAUUUGUGUCCCCUCCGAAACACUAGCUGCCAGAUACUGUAGCUAUGGAACAAUACUAUUAACGGCUUGCCCUGUUCAGAUUUGCCUUACCAGAGUAUGGCAGUGUUGUAUUCUGCUCUGUUUGAAUGUGUGUGUGUUUUCAUGCAGUACACGUGUGGUAUAAUGGUGUCUAAGGUAUACAUGUCUCAUUUACUGAGCAUUGCUGAUGUAACAAGUUUCAAUUUGGAAAUAGCCAAAUCUUUUACGCUGUAUUAGUUCAGCCACAAAUUCAUCUUGUCUUUUAUGUUGUUAAAUGCGAUUCUGUUUUACAAAACACUAACAUUGCAGAUUUUAAAGGGUCAGUGUGUAACAUUUCGGAGGAUCUGUUUGCAGAAAUGGAAUAUAAGGGGAAGGGUGAGCAGAGGGGUACUCAGUUGGUUGCAAUCUGCAACAUCACCACUAGAUGCCACCAAAUCCUACACACUGGUCCUUUAACUGAGCUAAUUUGUCUGAAUCUGAAGUUGUUUCUGUGAGAGACACGAUUAUCUUUUGGCAGUUUAGGUUUGUGUUAGAUCGCACCCAGUUAAGAGUGUAUGUUGGUUCUGAAAGCCCCUUUUCUUUCUCACAGUCUCUUGCAGCUUCCUGAAGAGCCGCAGUGUGUAUGUGUGUGUGUGCAGGCACUAUCAUGAUCUCCUCU